CGCAGUGGCUGGGACGCCCGGCGCUGCGCGGAGCACCGCUCGCCCAUUGCCAUGAGCCGGCCGGGGCUCAGCUGGCGUGGGGCGCUAGAGCGCUCUACCUGCGCCUGCAAGCUGGUCCCGGGGCAUUAGAGCGCUCUACCUGCGGCUGGUGCUGGGUGCUAGAGCGCUCUGCCUGCGGCUGGUGCAGGGUGCUAGAGCGCUCUGCCUGUGGCUGGUGCAGGGUGCUAGAGCGGUGGAUUCGGGGUCCGCGAGUGGCCCUGGGAGCCAUGCGGCACCACGACCGCAUGUUCAAGGUGCUGAUCGUGGGCGACGUCACGGUGGGGAAGACAUCCCUGGUGCAGCGCUACGCCAACGACAGCUUCAACAAGCACUACAAGUCCACGGUGGGAGUGGAUUUCGCUCUGAAGGUGGUGCAGUGGUCAGAGUCUGAGAUCAUACGACUUCAGCUUUGGGACAUUGCAGGACAGGAGCGCUUUACAUCCAUGACCCGGCUGUACUACAGAGAGGCAUCAGCUUGCGUGAUCAUGUUUGAUGUCACCAACACCAGCACGUUCAAAAACAGCCAGAAGUGGAAGCAAGAUUUGGACAGCAAGCUCACUUUGCCAAAUGGGAGCCCCGUGCCUUGCUUACUGCUGGCCAAUAAAAGUGACCUUUCCCCCUGGGCAGUGACCAGGGAAGAGAUAGAUCGGUUCAGCAAGGAGAAUGGCUUCUCUGGCUGGAUUGAAACAUCUGUCAAGGACAACAAGAAUAUUAAUGAGUCUAUGAGGGUUCUGGUGGAAAAGAUGAUGUCGUCAUCCACAGGUGAUAGAGACUCCUCUGUUUCUGGCCAGGGGGAUUAUAUUAAUCUAAAGGAUGCCUCCUCACCUGGUUGGGCUUGUUGCUAGUUGCACUUUCUUCUCUGUCUGCUUCAAACCCAGUGGGAAUCCUUCUUCCUUCCCCAUACACUUUUUUAUUCAGCAUUGGCUUUUUUACGUGGUCCUCCAUUAUUUCCUGUUCAGUGCAUGCUCAUAUUCAAUAAAGCAUUGCUCGCAGUGACCUGGGGAGAAUUCUCUUUAGCUGACUGGCAACCAGAAGCUCUGCCACAAAUCAACUCUGUCCGGUCCUGUGGUUCUGUUCAGCUGCAUGACUCGGGUUAACACCUUUUGAAGUAAGAGUUCUUUGCUUCCUCUUGUAACAUGACUGGAUAUGAGCGGAGGAAGUAAUUAUUAGUAUCUGCACUUUCCAACUAAACAGAGACGCAUCCUUCUUUGAAACGCUAUUACAGCAGUCUUUGUUAUGAAAGCAGUUUGCCUGUGUCUCUGGAUUCCCCGUGUGGCAUUACAGUAAAUCCUCUUUUAUUUCACGCUUUGGAUCUGCGUACCUCUAAAUUAUCUACAUAGGAAAUGCCAGGACUUUUCAUCAUCUGUGACAAUCGUGCUUGGGAUGCAGCAAGAGACUUUCUAGUCGCAAAGUGCUUAUGUUAGCGGCACAUAUUGCGUUGCCUUAUUUCAGAAUGAAUUGCUGUGAACUUGGGAAUUUCUAUAGCAGGACUUUCACGUGUGUACAUGGACUGCAGUGCUCAGAACAAAGGGACUGCAUACUAGCUCAAUAAUUGUCUAGACUACAAGCUAGCUCAAGAGUUGCCUUUUGUCUGUCACAUCUAUCCAUUUGUCUUUAACCUGCACAUGCAGUUUUUAAAUGUACUGGUCUGAUGCUGCUUUCGUGGGGUGUCCAGCAGUGAAUGAGGAAAAGGUUGUAAACAGCCUUGUUUUGUAGGACAAUAAGACUUCUCUCUUUUAUAUCACCUUCCACCCUCUAAUCUUAAACCACUUUACAAAUGCCGAUGAAUUGCUUCUUCACAUCCAUUCUGGAGUGGUGAGUGAAGCCUUAGGCGGUUGUGGUGAUAUGGCUAUCUGAAUGCCCACCUGCUGCUUUUAGUGAUCCAAGGGAAAACACAGAAGCAGGCUUAGCAGGGCAGAAGGAAGUGAUGGAGAAACUCUCGUUUGCCUUUCUGAUGCCUGUUAUUCUCCUUGCAUGGUCUGUGUACUCAUUGUUAAUGAAUGACUUUGUGGCUAAAAAGGGCUGAUUUAGUUUAAAAUGUAUUUGCCAAUUAUCUGAAAAAGAAAAAGGAGAGAGAGAUUUAGUAUGACUCAGUCGAGUAGAAUUGGGUUUAUAUAGAGUAGUGUGUGUGUAUAUGUGUAUAUGUAUAUAUAUAUGUAUAUGUGUGUAUAUAUAUAUAUAUAUAUAUAUAUAUAUGUAUAUGUAUUGAAAUGGAAAUUUAUCACAGGCAAGAUGAAUCUGCAACACUUGGCAUUUUUCUGUGGCAGAUACAACAAGAAGGAUAUUUGAAGGAAGAAUAUUAAAAACUACUGUGUGAUUUGAACAGAGCCAGAAACACCUAUGAUCCAUUCCCAGCUAUAAGAGUGAUUUUUGUCUGUGGUAAUUCACUUUAUCUUCCAUAGCUGGUUUCCUAUCUGAUUGUGUAGGGACAAGGGUGGAGAACAGAGAAGGGAAUUGCUCACUAUUUGUAAUACUUAAAAUUUUGAAAGAUGCUGUGUAGGUGCUGAGCACUAAGAAAUUAAGCCCAACAUUUUGUUACUUUUUAAGGGUAACAUUUAUAUAUAUUAGAAUACAAUGCAUAGCAAAAUCCUUUCAUUCAUUUUGAAUGUUCUUAAACAUUCCCCUGUUUUGGGUUCACAGUAAAGCAAAAGAAAGAGCACUGUGCAGACGGUAGGGGCAAACUGCACGGUGGAACUUGUUCUGUCUAAAUUUACAGGUCAAAGAUAAUAUACUGUAAAAAAAAAAAAAAAAAAGGAAAGAAAGAAAAUGGCUUAAAAUGAACGUUAGCAGGAUUUCACAAAUCUUAUUUCUGUUUUUAGACAUCUUUGUUUUUUUAAGGGUCUGUCUUUUAUUUAGCAUUUACGUGGCACUUUUCCACCCAUUAAUUUCAUUCAGGUACUUUAGGAAGGAGGUCAGUAUUAUUCCGUUUCACAGGUGAGAAAAAGUGAAGCACAGAGAGGGAAGUGAUGUGACCAAGGAAAUUAAAUACCUGUUUCCUGAGUCCAAGUCCAGUGAGCUAAUAGCAUAUUAGUACUGCUGCUGCAGAAAUAGAUUUCAUGAUACGAUACGAUACGAUAUAUGCAGCUUGAUAAGCCACCGUGACUCCUUGAUUUCCAUGGCUCUUACUACUGCAUACAUAAUAGCCUUCAAUAAGCAACGUUCUGAAAGGGGGGAAAUUCUCAAAGGUCUCUUUUUAAGACAUUAAAAAGACUUUAGAAUGUCUUAAAAAUGACAUUAGAAUGCAAAAUUUGGGGUUUGAGUUUUCCCCCCAGCCACACACGCAACCAGGUACUUGCUAACUGUAAGGACAAUAUAAAUUAACAGGAUUUUACUAAAUAAAUGUCAAAAACUGCCACAGCGCGAAGAAGAAAAUCUCUUCUUUAGAGAUGAAUUGAGCCACGUGUGUGGGGACGGAGUGGAUUUACCGUGCAAAUGUGGCUUGGUGUCUUUUUUUUUUCCUCCAGAGCUGUGUCUCUGGCAUACAAGAUACUCAAAACAAAAAGGCAUUGCUUUUAAAGCAGAAAGGUCUGGUGACCUUGUUUUAGUGUCUCUAUAAAAUAAACUGGUUCAAAGGCCCAUCCAAACUGCUGCCAGGAGGCAACCACCUUUUAAACACAGCUCUUUGAAACUGCUUGUGCUCUCCUUGUGCUGGCUGGUAUUCUUUAGUUUAAGGUUAAAAAUACACAGAUUUCCCCAGGACAGAGCCUUUUAUUCUGGGAUCUUACAGAUGUACAAACACACCGUUCUGUGAUAUCCUAAGUAUCUGUGAAGUACCAAGAUAACACUUAGAGGACAAGUGGGGUUAAUUCGAGUUAAUGGCCUUUCAAGCUGCACUGGUAAACUACAGUCCCAGGCUAAGCUCAGGACGGUCAGACCUGAGAUAAGCUGCUGCUUUGUUUUUCUUUUUAGCCCAAAUUUCUCAAACCUUACCAUUCCUGUCUAGUGGCAAACAGUAUGAAUGCAGAAUUUAAAACGUCAGACAACGUUCUUUGAGUAAAUCUGAUCUCUUUUAUUAGACCAACUAUAUAGUUGGAAAAGAUUUUCUUAGCAAGCUUUUGGGUUUAAAAACCCUUUGUCAGGCUGAGGAAGCAUUUGAGAUGCUUGCCUACCUAUGUCCUUAGACCAACAUGGCUACAACCUACACCCCUGAGUUUAAAAAUUGUAAUUCAGAGGGUUCCCAAGGAGUCUUUGACUUUAGGUCUUAAUUAAUCAUCCAAAAGUGAGUAAGAAAGCCUGGGGCUUUGCUAUUUAACUUUGCCUUUACUGGUGGCCUUUGGAGGGCUCAUUUUAGGACUCUAUGAGAUAUUGUCUGUUUUUUUUUUUUUUUUACAUUAUCAGUGCCUAUUUUCAUUGUGCAUAAUUAUAAUGAGCUGCCCCUCACUCCCCCUACACACACACACUGCUCUCUUGCUUGUAGCCAUGCAACACCAAAUGCAUGUUUAGUUUUAGUUGCAUAGUUGAAGCAUUGAUGAGAGUAGAAAAACUGAAGGUCUACUGAGUAACCAAAAUCUUAUUGCAGCAAAAUUUAUAUAUGAUGAGCACGGACUGCAGUUCAGCAACCUGUGAAGUAUAUCACAACUGAGCUGUGUUUUUAAGCCACUUGCCCUUAUGGAGUCUCUCAAUUAUUUUUGGGUUUGUUUGGUUUUUUUAUACACGAUUCUGACUGUGUGUGUGUUAUAGUACUAUUACUUUGCUAUAAAAAGGGAAGAAGCUGCUGCUAUUUCUGUAUCAAUCAGUAACCAAAGCAGUAUUGUAAGCAUUUGAGCAAAUCUGAAAUAAAAUGUUUUUUUUGUUGUCCUA